AUGCAGCAUGAUCCCAGCACUUUGGACGGACUCCAGCAGUAUCAGGAAUCCCCUCAUGUCAGCCGCCUUUUUUGUAGGACUUGCGGCGCUCAUGUCUUUGCUCGGCUGGAACAAAGCGAGCGAUAUUUAGUGGCAUCGGGGGUAUUAGUAGCGCGCAACACACCUCCGGUCAAGGCAAUUCUGCAUUGCAAGACCGACGAUACUGGCGAUGGGGGUCUAAGUACUUUUCUUCCAGGUUGGCCAUCGGUGGACCGGUGCGCCUUAUGGGUGAAUUCCGGACACUCGACCAGCGGUGAUGCCAGCGAGACCACGAUUCCGAAAAGACGAAAUGCCCCAGCUGAGCAUCGAGAUAAGCUGCAUGCUCAAUGCCACUGCGGAGGAAUUGACUUCUAUAUGACGCCCCCAGACGCCUCGUCUUCCCAAGCAUGGUCACCGUGGUGUGACUUGCUGGUUCCGUACCACUCGGGAAGUUCUGAUAACCCGGACGACGUGAAAUGGUGGUUGCGCGAUGGAGACACCAAAUUUCUGGCAGGAACCUGUGCUUGUAGGUCUUGUCGACUCGCGAGCGGCUUUCCCAUCCAGACAUGGGCCUUUAUUCCCAAGUCAAAUAUCUUCAAUGCCGACGGAUCACCACUCUCGUUUGACCGUGGAGCCAUGCGUCGACACACCAGCUCUCCAGGCGUAUACCGAGAAUUCUGCGGUGUCUGUGGGGCUACUGUCUUCUGGCAUAACGAUGGGCGUCCGACUAUCAUUGAUGUAAGUGUGGGACUGUUCCAGGGAAAGCAAGCAAGGGCAGAGCAAUGGCUGGAAUGGGCCACCGGGCGAGUAAGUUUUGCAGAGACGGCUGCUCAGAGCGAUCUGGUUGAGCUCUUGGAGAAAGGAAUGCGAUUGUAUUCUGCAACAUAG